GGUCGCCGAAGUCCGAGCUCCUCCCUGUCCUCUCUCUACAGCUACGGGCGGCAUGCUGAUGCAAAUGCAAGCAGAGUAAGCUAAGCAGCAACAGUGAUUAUUAGCUGAGUAGCAGCAGCUUAAGCUGGAGGAGCAGCUGGCUAGGUAUAGGUAGCUGGCCGCGACGCCAUUAAUGGCGGCCGGGUGCAAGGCGGCCAUCGGCUGCGUGGACGCGCGCGCGCCGGUGCGGGCCAGCUACGUCAGCCUGUACAAGUGGCCCGAGUCCGACGCCGAGUUCGUCAAGUCGGUGGCCAUGGCGCGGCGCCAGGGAGGCGGAGGCGGAGGGCAGGAGAGCCCCGGCGCCAGCGCGUCCUACUACUACAGCUACAGCGGCAGCGCCAGCAUGCGCCGCGGUGGCGGCGGCUGCAGCGGCGAGCUGGCGGCGGGGUACGCGAGCCCGCGGGUGGUGGACAGCUACUCGUGCCGGCAGAUGUACCUCCGCAGCUACACCUUCUCCAAGAAGAAGGAGACCGUGCCCGAGCGCACCAUGGCGUGCCUCGGCCGCGUCCGGGAGCGCGCCGCCGUGUUCCCCUUCCUCCCGCAGCGCGGCGGUGGCGGAGGAGGGUCCGCGGCGGCCUCCGAUGCCGGAUCGGUCGGCAGCGCGAGCAACGUUGCCGGCGCCGUCGGCCGCAGCGAGAGCAGGGACAGAGAGGACGUGGGGCUCCGCGACAGGAAGGCGAGUCGGAGCCGCCGGAGCCGGAGGAAGAAGCAGAAGAAGCGGUGCACCAUGGUGAGGAGGCUGCAGGAGGCGUCGUGCGGCGCCGUGCGCGCCAUCUUCCGCCGCCUCCUCGCCUGCACCACCAGCGUGGACGUCGCCGACGGCGGCGCGCGGCCGGCCCGUUGAAAUGGCCGCGCAAGCACGUGGUGCAGCGUGUGGUGCCAUGCUGUGCUGCUCCUGCAUGCACGAGUUAGCUUGUGUCAAUUUUCUCCCCAGCUGCUAGCAAAUCAAACUAAAUUCCUCUGUGGAGCUGCAGUACAGUAGCUAGCAGAACUGCAGAAGUAGUGAUCUGCAGUAAAACGAAAUCAGAGGAUCGUACGUAUUGUAAGUUAAAUCAAUUUGUGCUUGUGUUAUCUAUUUCGUAUAUGCAUGUAUACACCUGCUCUUUUGUCCAUGGCUACUUCAGACCUUGAGCCAAGUUUUUGUGUUGA